AUGACGCCUUGGGAGCACGACGGGCUCGUUGGUGCCCUCGAGGCUGGAUUCUCUUCAUUUAGGUAUAGGACAUGGCCGCAGGCCUACGAUGAGUGCGACAUGCCUGAGGAUUUGAAGGCAACGAUGCCCAUGUGGGAGGACGGACUGGCAGUAUGGAAGAUGCUCCGCGAGUGGCAUGCUGCGUACAUCGACCUCUAUUACGAUACCGAGUUGCAUGUACUGGCAGAUCCGGAGAUACAGCAGUACUGGACUUUUCGCACGACGCCUCAGUACACCAGGGGACUGCCGCCCCUGUCGAAGGAAGCGCUCAUCGACCAGGUCACCCACAGCGUGUUCUGGGCCUGCGCUUUCCACGAGUUCGUGGGCGGCGCCGUGGAAUACGUCACUGACCCCGGCGGCCUGUUCCUCCAGGUGCGCCCCGGCCAGACCAUGGCGGACAUGCAGCACAUGGUCCAGGCCCAGUCGCUCACCGCGGCCACGGGCUCCCCCAUGCCGAAGCUGUCGGGAGACUGGAGCUACCUGCUAGACCUCGGCCACUCCGCGGGCACCAACAAGCUCUUCGAGAGGGUCCGCGUGCUGCACGGCGGCCUCGCGCGCCGCAUGCGCGAGGUCUCGGCGGAGAUCGCCGAGAGGAACACCAGGCGCCCGCAGAGUUUCAGCGCAUUCGACCCGCUGACGUUUGAGUGCUCGGUGAGCCUGUGA